GGGGCUUACGUACCGGCAAGAAGCUGCGCUUAGUAAUGAACGCCGUGACAUAAACGAACCUCAGGAACUAUCCAAGUCAAACACAAAAGCGUCUCAACUGAGUGUUUCAAGAUGGUUUUAGAAACGAUUGCAAAGAUAAUAAAAGUUCAGCUUCCAGCCUACCUCAAGAGGCUACCGCUACCGGAGACCAUCGGCGGAUUUGCGAGGUUAACAGUGUCCGAGUGGCUCCGGUUGCUUCCUCUCUUGGGGAUCCUGGCUUUGCUCGGCUAUCUCACCAUUCGCCCUUUUCUGCCUAAGAAGAAGAAGCAAAGAGACAGCCUGAUCAAUCUGAAGAUCCAGAAGGAGAACCCAAAAGUGGUCAAUGAGAUAGACAUUGAGGACCUGAACAGCGCAAAUGUGUGUUACUGUCGCUGCUGGCGCUCCAAAACUUUUCCUGUAUGUGACAAGUCACACUUAAAGCACAACGAGCUGACUGGAGACAACGUGGGACCACUCAUACUCAAAAAGAAGAUACUAUAAUUGACCGCAGAUCGAUUAUUUUUACCCUUAACAUUUUGUAGAUUGUUUUCUUUGUCUUGGUGUCGUAUUUAGUUAAAAAUACAGUUCAGUCUGAAACCUGUGUGUUGGUUGGUUAGCUCAGUGACAGUUUCCAAUGUGGGAAGUUUCACUUUUUGUUUUGUUUUUGUGUGGGCCUUUUUGUUCAUCAUUCACCUUUUGCUGUUUAACAGAACAGCAGUUUCAUUUGGGACCACUUUGAGGGGGAAACUUGAAACAUAACUAAGUGACUUUGUGAUGAAUUUAUAUAAUGUGAAGCCAUCAGGGGAGAGGUUUUGAAGAUAAAUGACUGUUUAAAUGGAGUCCUCAAAACUAGUCUGACCUUUCUUCAUUUUGGAUGAUUUUGGACAGCUUGCCUUUUUUUUUUUUUUUUUUUCUUUUUCCCCGACUUUCAUUUGCUUCAGAUAUGUGUGCCAAAUACUAACAUACAUUUCCACACUUAAUGGAUGUGACAUAUUCUAAGUUAUUGUGUGUAUGGGAGGCUGUUUAUUCUUUAAAUCUGUUUUGCUCAUUUUACAUUUUGUAUUCAAUUCUGCUGUCAGACAUUUCAAACGUAUCAAAGUAAUUUCAAGAUAAAUGCAGUUUCACUAAACCUUUGAUGUUUGAAAACCUCUUCUUAGAAUUCUGUACUGUCAUAUCUGUAUGAAGCUGAUUUCUUGGAAAAUUUAAUUAAUGGCUAUUAAU